ACAGGCUUCUUUGUGUCUUACGUCGACGUAUAUAGUACAUUUGUGCCACAUUUUCUUCCUUUGUAAUAAUGUCGGCUGAAUAUGAGGAUAGUCCCAAAGACAGUGGCCCCGAGGGCAUGGAGCCGGACGGGAUCAUUGAGAGUAACUGGAACGAGAUCACGGACAGUUUCGAUAUCAUGAGCCUGCGUGAGACGCUUCUGAGAGGAAUCUACGCCUAUGGUUUUGAGAAACCUUCUGCCAUCCAGCAGAGGGCCAUUAUUCCUUGCAUCAAGGGAUAUGAUGUGAUUGCUCAGGCCCAGUCUGGAACCGGUAAGACUGCGACCUUUGCGAUCUCCAUCCUGCAGCAGAUUGAUGUGGAGCGAAAGGUCACCCAGGCUCUGGUUCUUGCCCCCACCCGGGAGCUGGCUCAGCAGAUCCAGAAGGUGAUCCUGGCCCUUGGUGACUACAUGGGCGCUGGUUGUCACGCCUGCAUCGGUGGGACCAACGUGCGCAAUGAGGCCACCAAGCUUCAAGCCGAGGCACCCCACAUCGUGGUGGGCACCCCUGGCCGCGUCUUCGACAUGCUUAGUCGCGAAUAUCUUGCUUCCAAAUACAUCAAGAUGUUUGUUCUGGACGAGGCUGACGAGAUGUUGAGCCGUGGUUUCAAGGACCAGAUCUACGAGAUUUUCCAGAAGCUUGCGCCCAGCACACAGGUGGUGCUGCUGUCUGCCACCAUGCCCACUGAUGUUCUGGAGGUCACCAAGAAGUUCAUGCGUGAACCCAUUCGUAUCCUGGUGAAGAAGGAGGAGCUUACCCUGGAGGGUAUUCGCCAGUUCUACAUUAACGUGGAGAAGGAGGAAUGGAAGCUGGACACGUUGUGUGAUCUGUACGAGACUCUGACCAUCACACAGGCUGUGAUCUUCAUCAACACCAGGAGGAAGGUAGACUGGCUCACAGAGAAGAUGCAUACCAGGGACUUCACUGUCUCUGCCCUGCACGGAGACAUGGAGCAGAAGGAGAGAGACCUCAUCAUGAGAGAGUUUCGCUCUGGCUCAAGUCGAGUCCUCAUCACCACUGACCUUCUGGCUAGAGGCAUUGAUGUCCAGCAGGUGUCCCUGGUCAUCAACUACGAUCUGCCCACCAACAGGGAAAACUACAUCCACAGGAUCGGGCGCGGAGGUCGCUUUGGUAGGAAGGGGGUGGCCAUCAACAUGGUGACGGAGGACGACAAGCGCACCCUGAGGGACAUCGAGACCUUCUACAACACGACCGUCGAGGAGAUGCCCAUGAACGUUGCCGACCUCAUCUAGAGGGUUCCGGCCACACCAUGUCCCGCCCCCCUCAUUCUUUAGACAAAUACCGUCAUGCUCACAAAUUGUCAGCUCCCCCCCCCCCCCCCCCCCCAAACCACAUCCUUAAGAACUCCGGCUGGCUGCAGAUCUAGUCUAGUUUUUAAUUGGCAUUUUUCAAGUUGUUAUUGAUUUUCCGGGCCAACGUAAAAGUUAAAUGCGCUUUGCCAGCUAGUUAUACUUUGUCAUGGCCUUAAAAGAUUUUUCCCUAUGCCCACACCUGCCUUGCUCCCAACCCCUAUGAAAAACCAUUUUAAAUAUGAAGUGUUCAAGUGACCUGGCAAGUCAACAAGCAUGUUUACUGGGCCAUGUGAGCGCUCUCAAUUAAUAUAACCUUAAUGAUUGAAGCUAAUUAGUCAAGCUCCAGGAACAGAUUGACACAAAAGUAUAGAUGGGGUGGGAUGGGUUUUGACUAGCUACUUAAAUCGUACCAUUUAUGUGUUGACAGAAUACUUGUGUAUUCUAAGGGGUUAAACCAAAACAUCUUAUGGAGGGGGGGGUGAUCAGACAAAUGGGAAUCUUCAAUAAAAGAACUGUACAGUAAAAUGGAUCAUGAAUGAGUUUUCACCCUUUGUUUUCUCUGCCGUGCGAUUCUUGUUAACACUGCUUAUUGUAUAGUUAAAUGAGGUAGUUACUUAUUGUUUUGUUUAUUUUUUUAAGACUGAGGCGUGGCAAAAGUUUGGAAGCAAAGCAAGGGCGAGUUUGUGGAGAAUUGCCUAAACUUUAAGGGCUCUGGGUUUUCAUCACUAGCUCUUCAUAUACUUUUUGUGUAUCUCACUGUCCCCGAAAAAGCAGAUAUUUGAUAAGGUGGUGUCACUUUUGUAACCUACCUCACCAUAUGUAAAAGGGGAGCAGCUCUUUGAUAUUGUAGGACCAAACUGCAAACAAGUGCAGAGAU